UCUCUCUUUGUCACUAUGGGUUUUAACCUACGAGAUCUAUACACCGUAGCUCAGUUUAUAAAGUCCAGGUGUGGCGAUGGAUUAAAGGCUGCAGAGGUAAAAAAGGAUAAAAACUAUGUUUUUUUUGAGGUGGAGAUUCUGGAUUCAAAGAAGUUACAGCUUUGCUUUCUGGACAAGGUGGAACCCAAUGCUACCAUAGGAGAGAUCAAGUGUCUGUUACACAACAAUUAUCCUAAAUGGUAUCCAGCCAGACAGGCCCUCACCCUCCACCCUAAUGGAAAGUCCCUCAAAGAUGAUGAGGUGUUAGAGAAUCUUCCGGUGGGGACGUCAGCAACCAUGUUCUUCCAUGACCUGGGCCCUCAGCUGGGAUGGACCAUGGUGUUUUUAGCUGAAUGUAUCGGCCCUCUGUUCAUCUAUCUUCUCUUCUUCUUCCGACUACCAAAUAUCUACCUGACCCAACAUGACUACACCACCAGCCCCCACUCAGUGGUCAAGUUGGCCUGCAUGUGUCACUCUCUCCACUACAUCAAGAGGCUGGCGGAGACCAUCUUCGUCCACCGGUUCUCGCAUGGUACCAUGCCUUUGGAGACCAUCAUGAAGAACUGUCUGUAUUAUUGGGGAUUUGCUGCCUGGCUAGCUUAUUACAUCAACCACCCCCUCUACACAACCCCCACAUAUGGGAAUCUUCAAAUAAAUAGUGCACUGGCAUUGUUUGUGCUAUGUGAAGCUGGAAACUUCUCAGUCCAUUUAACUCUCAACAACUUGAGCUGCACUGGUUCCAGGCCAAAAUGUAUCCCUUACCCCACCAGAAACCCACUGACUUGGCUUUUCUUCUUUGUGUCGUGCCCCAACUACACCUAUGAGGUGGGAGCAUGGCUUGGUUUUAGUGUCAUGACCCAGUGUGUCCCAGUGGCAAUAUUCACCUUUUUUGGCUUCAUCCAAAUGACCGUAUGGGCAAGAGAGAAGCAUCACAUCUACACCAGAGAGUUUACCAACUACCCAGAGUUAAGGACAGCCAUCAUUCCACUCUUCCUCUGAUACAAGCCUUCCAGCCAUCAGUCAGCCAGUCAGCCAGCCAGCCAGCCAGUCAGCCAGCCAGCCAUCCAUGCCCAGCCAGGGUGACAGUGGAGGAGGGCAGUAACUGGAUACAGUGUCAUAUCAAUCAGCUUUGUGACAGCUGCUCAGAAUAGUGCUGUAGGGUAUCUGCCAAGCCAGCUCUCAGCCACAUCUCUUAUGACCUAGGGUAGCUUCAGCCUACAGGCUCUGCUCCACAGUCCCCUCCAGCGGACCCCCGUGUCGAAACCCUGUAUUGAGGGGACAGUGGGAGGGGCUGUUUACCACACCU